AUGACGAUCAAUCCACAGUAUGCGGAGAGAGACACCGAUUUCUUCAGGCGCCAUGAACGGAGUUUGGGAAAACAGAAACUGGGCGAGAGUGGUGCCUUCCAACAACAGACCGUAAGUGUAGUUGAGGCAUCAUACGAGGUUUCCCUCGAAAUAGCAAAGCAAAAGAAGCCCCAUACAAUUGGUGAAACUUUAAUUAAGCCAUGUGCUCGAAAAAUAGUCAAACGGGUUCUUGGAGAGGAUCAGCUGGGAUCAAAAUCGGGGUUUCAGAAGCGUGUCAAGGAAGUAGCUCCGAAUGCCAAGGGGAUCCAUUGUAUGAUCCAUCAUUUUGCACUGGCGUCGAAAACCCUCCCUGAUGAACUUUGCAAGAUCCUGGAGGCAGUGGUCAAAUGUGUCAACUUUGUGAAAGCUUUAGAUCUGAACUCUUGCUUUUUCCAGAACCUUUGUAGAGACAUGGAUUCAGAGCAUGAAGCCCUCCUCUUUUACUCCAAAGUGCGCUGGAUUUCCAAGGGCAAUGUUGUGAAUCGAGUGUUUGAACUUCGGGGAGAGCUUAAGUUGUGCCUGGAAGUGCAAGGGAAAGAUGACCUAUUAAGUCACUUCAAUGAAGUGUUGUGGGAGCCACAUCUUGCAUAUUUAGCAGAUAUAUUUGAGCUGCUAAACAGGCUGAAUCUCAAGCUGCAGGGCAAGGACAGAAAUGUGUUUCACCUCAUGGAUUGUCUUCGUGCAUUUCUUGCCAAGCUCCAGAAUUGGCAAAGGAAAAUCAUUGCAGGAAAUGUUGCCAUGUUUGAGAAUCUUUCAACUGUUCUUGAUGAGAAUGAAGAUCAUCUGCUUGACCCAUGA